UGGCACGUCAGCUGGUCCAUCACCGGAAACAUCCUGGCUGUUUCAGGAGGAGACAACAAGUCAAAAUGAAGAUCGCUGCCUUCAAUGUGAAGAGACUGGGAUGGGAAAAAGUCAACAAAAAGGCCGUACGGGAAAUUAUCAUUAAGAUCAUGUCUCAGUACAGCGUGGUGGUGCUGCUGGAGGUGAUGGAUGAGACAGGUGGUGAUCCCAUGAAACUGCUCCUCCAACACCUUAAUGCAUAUGGAGAUAACAGAAGUAAUCCGUACGGCAUGCUGUGCAGUGAACGUCUGGGACCGGAGGGUAGACAGGAGAAGUUUGUCUACUUCUACAGAAAGGACGAAGUGGAGAUAGAAGACUCCUACCAGUACAGAGGAAAUGCUGUGCUCACCAGAAAGCCUUUCGCUGUCCUUCUACAUUUUCCAAACACAGCUGUGCAGAAUCUGGUGUUGAUCCCGGUCCACACCAAACCAAGUGCCGCAGAGGCGGAGCUGAUCGCUCUGCAUGAAGUGGUUAAAGAUGUGAGGGAAAAAUGGAAGAAGGAUAACAUUAUGAUUUUGGGAGACUUUAAUGCCGAUGGACAGUAUCUCUCCAAGAAGAAGAAGGAAAAGCUCCGCAUCUCCUGGGCUCCUUUUCGUUGGCUGAUAGUCGAUGAUGUCGACACCACGACUAGUAGCAUAACACAAAACACCUACGACAGGAUCGUGGUUUACGGAGAGAGCAUUGCCAUCGUCCCCGACUCAGCCAAAGCCUACAACUUCAAGAAAGAGUUGAACUUGACACAAGAACAAACUAAGACUGUCAGUGAUCACAAACCUGUGGAGGUGGAUCUGAUCGGGGGGAUGCGGGAGGUGAAGCGGGAGGUGAAGCCGGAGGUGGAGCCGGAGGUGGAGCAGGAGGUGGAGCUGGUGGAGCGGAUGGGGAAGCUGGAGGUGAAGCUGGAGGUGGAGCUGGAGGUGAAGCCGGAGGUGAAGCCGGAGGUGAAGCUGAUGGUGCAGCUGAUGGUGCAGCUGAUGGUGCAGCUGGAGUUGGAGCAGGAGGUGGAGCAGGAGGUGGAGCAGGAGGUGGAGCUGGUGGAGCUGGAGCUGGAGCUGGAGCUGGAGCAGAUGGCUCAGAGAAAAAGGAAUCUAGUGUAACCCUUGACUGGAGGAAGACCUCAGGGAGCCCAGAAGAAGAAGGCUGGGCCGGCAGCCACAAAAGGGAAAGGAGUGUAAACCAAGAGAAGAGGAACCAAACUUCAAUAUGUUAUUAUAUCUUAAAGGUGGGUUAUGUAAGUUUGAGAAACCAGCUCGAGAUACACUUGUUGUUAUAUUCCAUGGAAUGCUCUUAACAUCCCGAUAGCAAUGAAUAUCUGAAGUGCUUUGACAAAAAAUCCAUAAAAAAUGUCAUCUGUGGAAGCCGUAGUACUGUAAAAAGCAGGACCAAUCAUCUGAGCCGGCCCGGCUAAAAUAACUGGAUGGCCUACCUGCCUGUCAGCCUUCCAUCUGUGCACAAACUUAUCUCGUGCCCUCAUUGGUCAUGUGCGCGUUCGUGUGUGUUGGAGGAGGGGCUCUGUAAGGAAGUGGCAGAUUUUCUCCGGCUGUGUAUUUUCAAAUUCUAGCGAUCUCGAGCCGGUUUCUCAAACUUACCUACCCUACCUUUAAAGUAGUUUUAGUUAUUAGCUUUUAGUGAUGAGCGCUAUUUAAGUGCAGUGGCGUUUUCAUAUGUACAAAAGUGGUGGGGCACGAACAACUGAGAUGUUUAUAUAUAAGCUUCUGGUGCUUUUUUAAACACGUCAACAAAUAGCUGUAGGCUAUCCAUGGAGAGGGGGGGGGAGUGUCACAUUACAUACUGUCGGAAGCCUUGAAUGAAGAGCACGGAGCAACACUGUGAGCGCAUACAUUUACGUACACAGCGUAGGGAUGUCAUAUUGUAAUGCACCUUAACACAUGCAGUAAAGGGCACCAUCACAAAGCGAUACUUAACAAUAACAACAACAACAACAACUGUAAUGCUUCAGCAUUAAAACACCAUAGACUGUAAAUAUAAGGAAAACACAGACACUCAUCGCCGAGGACACAAUAUCAAUCGAUCCAGCAGAGCAAUAGCCUAUAGGCAAAACACAGAAGAUCAUCAAAAGAUAUGCCAUAACAUGAACUUACCAAAGCUGAAGUAGAUGUCAACUUCAUUCAUUUUCUUUCUGUGUUACUGAUUUGAAUCGCUCUACGCUGCUCUCUCUUGUCUCCUCUUCACAACUACACUUUUCGCGGCACACAUACUUUCAGCCAAUCAGCUCUGAAUUAUGAGAUUACGUUUUGAUGGGGAUGCCAGCACUCAUCCCCACUUGUGAUUAUGUUUUUGCCGCACACAUUGAAUACAAAAAGACUCUGAGCAUAUACGCAGUGUAGUUUUUACAGCACCCAUUCAUUUUGACAGCAGAGAGAGGGGCUAGAUCGGGGCUUUCCCCACAUCGCUCAACACGGCUCCAUAGGCACACUGUGGACACUAAUCAGAAGAACACAGACUAAAACAGCAAUGUAGGCCUACAGACGAAUCAGACGACUAAACAUGAUCUUUAAAUAUAUUUUAACAUAUAUUUCAUACAUAUUUUUGGAAUUAAUAUUUUAAUUAAUUUCUGCUGACAGUGGGACCUGCCCCUAAUGAUGAGUCGCCACUGGUUAAGUGUAUGAACAGAAUAGAGCUUGUAUUGCUUGUUGAUGUUUCUGAUGCAGCUUCAAGUUCAGCAACAGAACAGUUUCCAGUAAUGUAGGACGCAUUUUGUUAAAUGAAAAUAUUUUAACCUAAAUUCAUAGAAUCUAAAUGUUUGUCAAAUGAGGUAGAAGGUGAAGACGUCAUUUUAGGAUUUUUAAUCAAAGUAUUUUAACUAUUUGGUGGGAAAAACAAGUGGUUUCGGUUAGUUUGUUUUUCUGUUGUUGUGUGACUUCGGUUAGUUCGGAUUCAGCAACAACAAACAAAUAAAGUAUCUGACAAGUCAUCUGACAACUAUCCUCAAGGUAAAGCACUUAAAUGAUUAUAAAUAUAGAAUAUAUAUUUGUUUAAUUGGAUUAAAUACAUUUUGCAGACUGUCACGUCUACAGCAAUAUGUUUCUGAGCCAAGCAGACUAGGAUACGUUCCUCAUAUCUCUUCAAUAUAACCAAACUACCCAUUUAAACUAUAUUCACAGACGCAUGGCAUUACAGUAUAUCACUGCUUUUUUACUAACAAUGCUUUUUGUUAUCUGCAAUAAAAAAUAAUCAUGAAAUGA